AGCGGUUGAUCCCGUCGCUCGCGGCUGUUCCACGAUCAGCCCUGCGCCGCGCUCUCUGUCGACGGAAAAACACGAGUCUGGCCAGUCCCACAGCGCCGGCUCAAAUCAACCGAUCGCCCGGCCCCCCUGAACAAGGUCCACGCCCGCAACCCGCACGCCGACAAUGGCAAGCUCACCACCAGCUUCGCCCGCCACACUCCCCGCGCGGCCGCUGAGCGCCAUGGUUCGUCCGGCGCCGAGGAGUAACAGCCGCAUGAGCGUGCACAGCAAAACCGGGGGAGGAGGAAGUAGGGCGUCGGACGAGGACACGAAGACCGCCGUCAGAGUCGCGGUCCGAGUCCGCCCACCGCUGAAACCUUCCGACCCCGGUUACGAACUCAUCCCUCAGCGCUUCCAGCGGUCUAUGGUCCAGGUCCAGUCGCCGACCAGCCUGUCGAUCGACUCGCCUCAAGGCCGCAAGCUCUUCGUCUUUGACCGGGUAUUCGGGCCCGACGUUGACCAGGCCGGGAUAUGGGAGUACCUGGAGGAGUGCAUCAACGCCUUUACCCAAGGCUACAAUGUCUCCCUCCUCGCCUACGGCCAGUCCGGCGCCGGGAAGUCGUACACAAUGGGGACGUCGGGCCCCGCUGAGCAGGAGGACCCUGAUGCUAUGGGCGUUGUUCCGCGUGCCGCAACCGCGCUGUUCGAGAGGUUGGAAGGCCCCAAGGGGAAUCCCAACCGAAACUCCAUGUCGCAACUUCGCACGCCCUCGCGUUACUCAACCCAACCCGCCAGCUUCUCGCGGGGCGAGAAAAACUGGACCCUGCGCGCCUCUUAUGUUGAGAUCUACAAUGAGCAGCUGAGAGACCUUUUAGUCGAGGAUCAUGUUCCAGCCCACGAGCGCAGCACCGUGACCAUCCGCGAAGAUGUCAAGGGCAACAUCAUCCUCGCCGGCCUCCGUCAGGUCGAGGUCCACUCAGUCGAGGAGUUGAUGAACGUUUUGAACCAGGGAUCCACGCUUCGGCAAACAGACGCAACAGCGAUUAACGCACGAUCUUCUCGCUCCCAUGCCGUCUUCACUCUCAAUCUCGUGCAGAAGAAGAACAAGCUGCAGACAGCGCAGGGCGCGGAAAAGCGGUUUUCCAUGCCCUUGGAGGCUCUCACCGGGGCCGACACGCUAAUAACAACGGACAGCAAGAUGCAUUUCGUCGAUUUAGCCGGCAGCGAGCGCCUCAAGAACACGGGCGCGCAGGGCGAGCGGGCCAAGGAGGGGAUUUCGAUCAAUGGUGGCCUUGCCGCGCUCGGCAAGGUCAUCUCGCAGCUGUCGUCGCGCCAGCCCGGGUCCCACGUGUCAUACCGAGACUCGAAGCUCACUCGCCUGCUCCAGGACUCGCUGGGCGGGAAUGCGAUCACGUAUAUGAUCGCUUGCGUGACGCCGGCCGAGUUCCACCUCAGCGAGACGCUAAACACGGUACAAUAUGCGCAGAGGGCCCGAGCCAUCCAGAGCAAGCCGCGGAUCCAGCAGGUCGAGGAGGGCGACAAGCAGGCCAUAAUCGACCGUUUGAAGGCCGAAGUGGCAUUCCUGAGGGAGCAAAUCCGAAGUGCAGAACGGGGCGGGGGCGAGCGCCGGGCCCUGGCCCCUGGCGAGCGGUCCGACCGGCAGAGCGAGCGGGAGCUUGAGCUGCAGAACCGCCUGCUGGACGCCGAGGAAAACUACAAGGCGCUGAGCCAGCGCCACGCAAAGCUGAUUGCCGAGAUGGCCAAGGCCAGGGAUAACGAGAUGGCGGAGAACCAGGAUCACGACGAAAACGCGGGCGACAGCGCCACCGAGCGGCUAAAUCGCUCCAAUAGCUUUGCGCAGGCCGUCGAACAGGUCGUGCUGGAGUACGAGAAGACGAUUCAGUCGCUGGAGCACUCCCUUGCCAGUACCCGGGCAACCCUUGCAAUCACCGAAGGAUCCCUGCUCGAGAAGGAGACCAAAUGCGCCUACACCGAAACCAUCAACAGCCAGCUUCAGGCGAGGCUGCAGAAGCUGAUGGACCGCGAGGCGAGCACCGAGAAUUACCUCCACGAUCUUGAGGCGAAGCUGGACGGCCACACGUCGGGCGAGGAGAAGAAUGCGACCAUCAUCAUGGAGCUGCGCAAGGAGAUUGCCCGUGUGCGCGAGAACGAGGCCGCAUGCGAAGACUACAUCUCGACGCUCGAGGAGCGGCUCGCCGAGGCCGACCAAGAUGCCGAGCUGAUGCAGCGCGAGAUCGACAGGCUAGAGCAGGUGGUGGAGCGGCAGCGCAGCCUCGGAAAGUUGGACUCGCUCCUGUACGAGCUCGACAAUAUCCAACAGGACGCGCCAGCGGCCGAGGUCGAGAACGGCCUGAGCAACGGCGCGGGCCAUCGGCGCACGGCCAGCCGGAGCAUUGCAGAGCACUCGCGAACACAGAGCCACGUCAGCCGCCACAGCCAGUUGGAGGAGACCAUCCCCGAGAGCGGGGAGGAGGACAUUCCUGAGGAGACGGAGGAACAGCCCACCAACGAACAACAACAUGCGGCGGCGGAGGCCACGACGCCCAAGCCCUCGCAUGCUCGCCUCUCGGAUGGCCGUCACGAGGCCGAGUACACCGCUAGUCCGGCGCAAUCCAAGUUCGUCGCUGACAAGCUCGAAACGGUCACGCAGGAGCUUCUCGACCUGCGGGUUGAGCACGAGACGACGCUUAACGAGUAUGACCUCCUGCAAGCCAAAUACGAGGAGGCGCUUCGGGCGCUCGCAGAGCUGCAGGAUGUGGUCGAUGAAUCGCGGCAUCCGCAGCGACCGCGGGAUUCGGUGCUCUCAGUGACCUCACCUCUCCAGACUCGGCCACAGUCCUUCAUGUCGGACGCUAGGACCAGCGAGACAAGAGAUGGCGCCCACCUUUCCCAGAGGUCGCUUUCAUCCGAGCUGUCUGCCGCCAUGGAGUCUCCAGCCACUACCAUGGAGUCGUCCGAUGCCGAGACGGCUGUGCCCAAGUCCGAUGACCGCGUGUCUCCGCCAGCCGAGUUCGCUGGCACUCAUGCGUUGGCCGCGGAGGUCGAGAGAUUAAAAGCGCUCGCCUCCGAGAAGGAGCUCGCCGAGAGAGAACUCGCCGAGCGGUACGCCCAGCUGGAGGAGCAGCACCAGCAAACCCUCGAGAUGGUGGAAGAACUGAAGACCGAGGUCGCCAAGGCCCAGGCCGCCAGUAGCGAAAGCUCCUCGCCAAAGGGUAACACCCCGGUGAUUCGCCGCAAAUCCAGCCAGAACGUCAUGAUCAUUGACCGUGCUCAUCGGUCGUUUGCGUCGCUGCGGAACAUUGCGGCCGAGAACUUUGAGAACCAGCCGGAUGUGAUGCAGAGCUUCGAGCUCAACCUGAAUGCCGCCAUGCACGAGCUUCACUCCCGGUCCGAGCGCAUCCAGGAACUCGAGGCCGACAUCGCGAACGCCAAGAAGGAAAUGGAAACCAAGAUGACCAUCAUUUCCGGCUUGACCCGCGAACGGUCCAGCUUGAAGGCCGCUUCUCCAAUGGACAUGGCUAUGGUAUCCAAUCUCCGGGAGCAGCUCGAGCAGAGUGAGAUGCGGAUCAGGGAAAUGCAGGAAGCCCACUCCGCCCGCGAGAAGGAGCUGCAAGCCCAGUUGGCCGAGCUGCACGAAUCGCUCAAGCAGGCCAACCUUGCUGCGGACGAAGCUGCCGCGGCUGCCGCGGCUGCCAAGGCGGCUCUGGAAUCCGCCUCGCAUGCCGAGCAGGCUGCUGAGGCACAGGAGUCCGCGGAACAAGCGGCGCCUGCCGCGGAAGAGACCGCGGCAUCAGCUAAGGACGCUGCCGAGGAGGCGGCAGCUCAGAUUGAGUUGCGGGAAAAGAAGAUUUCCGAGCUCGAGGCCGAGCUUGCCGCCUGGGAGGAGAAGCACAACACUGCGCUGCAAAACAUGCGUGACGCCGAGGAGGUGACAGCUCAGAUCGAGUUGCGAGAGAAGAAGAUUUCCGAGCUCGAGGCCGAGCUUGCUGGUUGGGAAGAGAAGCACAACACUGCGCUGCAAGGCAUGCGUGACGCUGAGGAGGUGGCAGCUCAGAUCGAGCUGCGAGAGAAGAAGAUUUCCGAGCUCGAGGCCGAGCUUGCCAGCUGGAAAGAGAGGCACAACACUGCGCUGCAAGGCAUGCGUGAUGCCGAGGAGCAGAUGCAGACGACGAUUCGCGAUCUCGAGGCUCAGGUCGCCUCUGUCACCGAGCGGCUCGCUGACGCUGAACGGAAGAAGCCGGAGGAAGAAGAGGCUCUGAAGGAGGCCGAGAUGAAGCGCAACCAGCUGAUCGACUUCUUGAGAAGUGAGAUCGACGAGUACAAAGGGAUCAUCAACAGCAACCAGAACAAGGUCGCCGAGGUCGAGCACCAGCACGCCGCCACCAAGAAGCUUCUCGAGAUGGCCACGCAUGAUCGCGACCAGGCGUCAAGCGAGCUCGAGGCCCACAAAGCACUGGUCGCCAAGCUGGAGGCGCAGAUUGCGGAUCACGAGCAGACCAUCAAGGGCCACCAAGAGAGCCUGCAGGAGCUGCAGUCGAAGCACGCCAAGGAUGUCGAGGAGUUGCUGUCGUCUUCGAAGCAAGACCUCGAAUCGCAGCUGGCCGCUCUGAGAUCGGAACAUGCGGAUCGCGUCCGCCGGCUCGAGGGCUAUCUGACUGAGGCGCGUGAAGACCUCAUGAAGGUUGCCACGCAGGUUGCCUUCGCUCUGGGUCUGGAUGUCAGCGUGGAGAAGAUCUCGGAACGCAUCGAGGACCUUGUCGCAGACCAGAAGGCUCUGGUGCAUGAACAGGAGAGGAGAGCAGAGCUCGAGAGCCACGUCGUCGAGCUAUCCAACAUCAACGAUACGAUCAUGCGUGACCUCGAGGCCGUCAGGGCGAGCUUGGCUGAGGUUCUCGAGGCUGAAGGCGAGCAGGCGAAGAGCCCGUAUCCAGUCAAGGAGCAAGUGGCGCUGGUCAAGAAGAAGGUGGUGGACCUCGAGACGAAGAACAAGAAGAACUCGCGGCUCGUCGAGGAACUCGAAGACCAGCUGCGGAGCAAUUACGACCAGGUGCAGAUGGCAAGCAACCGCCUGUCUACGCUGCAGAUGGAGCGGAACGCGCAAUUGGAGGAGGCCAACGCUGCCAAGAUGAAGCUGCAGUCGGAAUUGGAUGCCAUCCGCGAGGAGUACACCGCUCUUCAGGCCAAGUACGAGAGCGUCCUCGCCAACGACGGCAUCCACACGGCCGAGAGCCCGCAGCGCUCCAACUCGCUCACCAACCAAGUCCGCAAGAGCUCCUCGGUGGCCUCGCUACCCUCCCCGCCGCCGGCGAUCCCGCUCCCGCCGCUCCCCAACGGCGGGGCGGACCGCAACGCGGGCACCGUCUCGCCGACGCCGCGGCCGCCCAGCAAGGACAUCGCCGGCUCGGCGGCGGCGGCGGGCAUCUCGCAGAUCCAGGAGGACCAGGAGGCGCGCAUCCGGCUGAUCGAGAAGCACCUCAAGGCGGAGAAGCAGCUGACGGCGACGCUGGAGGAGGCGCUCACGGACCUGGAGCGGCAGCAGAACACCCUCCGGGCCGACUGCGACGCGUGGCGGCGCCGCGCGGGCGAGCUCGAGGCCGAGCUCAAGGAGCUCCGCGACCGGCCGGCCCAGGACAACCGCUGGAGCCUGCAGCAGGUCGAGGAGGAGCGCCGCAAGCGCCGCGACGCCGAGAUCGCCCGCGCCCACCUCGAGGAGCGCAUGAACACCAUCGCCAAGAAGAAGAAGAAGGGGAGCCUCAACUGCUUCUAGGAGGGGCACUGCGGAGCAGCUGCUGGUUGUUGCUGUGCCUGUGCGCGCGUGCAUGCGCGUGCCGGCUGCUGGGUCGUGGCCGGGUUUGUUGGUCUUGCUGGUGGUCGGUGUGGUGGGGGCGGUGUCGGUGAUGGGUUUUGGUUUUGUGGUGGGAAUGCCCCUGGAGGGG